AUGCAUGCGUUAACAUUAAACAGGGAGAUUUUUAGUAGCAAACUUAAGGCGUUUAUCCACGACGGCCAGCGUUUACAACUUAUCUACAACCUGUGUGCGUAUAUCAUAGAAACAUUUGAUGGCGGGUUGAAGGAUUGUUGCGAAGUUGAUUGCUCUGUGGGGAACUGCCAGCAGCCAGCCAACGACCAACUGCUGCCGACUGAAUGUGCAGGCCUAACAUUCUCAAAGCAAUACCAGACCCGGGAGAUUGCAUUUCAAUGUCAUCUGAUCAAAAAAAUACCAGAAACCCUCUUCAAUGUCUCUUAUCAUCUCAGUCUACCGAGGUCCGUGGAAACUGCAAAAUUUUCAAGACACAUCAAAAGUUGGCGAGAACUUACAGAGGAAGGCACACACACGUCACCAAACAACGUCCUUAGAAUCGAAUACGGAGGGUUGAGUCUGCACGACGAACUCAUACUCAUCGCUAAGAAAAAACCUCAAAAUGAUGUCGGGGAUAAAAAUAACUUGAUGACGUCAUCAUCAACGUCAUCGGGACUGUCAUCAUCAAUUAUAAAUUUCCAUCAAUACCAUUCGUUACCAUUUCAAUCUGCAUCAUCAUCAUCUAUGUCAUCAUCAUUAUCGUCGUCACUAUCAACCCACAACGAAUUAGUUUAUUUUGUCAGGCAAGUAGAACUUAACCAAGCCAAGUCAGACCUGAACAACAUCUGGUCAUUCAAACGUCACCAACACUCACCACCUCACUAUCUCUCUGUCUCCGUCGACCUCAAAAACCCCUCAAGAAGCAACCAACGCCACCACAUCAACCACUGGUUCAUGAACGACGACAGCCACUGUCGCGGCACGAUUGACAAUCUGCUUCCUAGCAACGAUGAAAAUCGGCGGGUUCUUAACGAUAACGAGGUACAGGUUAAUGUGACGAGAGUCCAGAAGUUGUCGAAUUCUUUUGAGUACAUUGUUACUAGGGUAGGAGAGAGGCCACAUUUGAAACUGCACCUUGAUGGUAAUGCAUCGUUACUAAGGAGAUGGUUCGGAGCUGAAGACGGUCGGUCACGGUUGGUUCGCUUCCACGCUAAUCUGUCUUUCAUGGAGGAAAAAUACAUGAGUAUCUCCCUGCAUGGUGAAACGAACCAGGUAGAAACUUAUUUGAGCAUCAGCAUGGAGGAUGUGAACGAGAAUGAGGAACUUGUGAAACUUGACCUUCUCAUUUCUGACGGAACCAAAUUUGACGUCAUCAUUCAGAACGUCACUCACGGCCUCUCAGCGAGCGAAAGCGAAAAAACGUUUGCGAUAUCCAUAGAUGACACGAAAAUGAUUAGCAGAGUUUACGUCACUGUGUUGUUUCACAAUAGUCGUGAUAAACUUGGAGAAAUUUCAAAAUCAGCGAAUAAAAAAAUUACAGAAAAAACUGCGAAAGAGCAAAAAACCAUAUCUCUAUGGUUAAUAAUUGUGGCCACGCUGGCUGCUACACUGUUUGUUUCAUUCAACCUCACAUGUCUUUUCUUCACAUUUUUCUGCAUAAAGUUGAAAUUCAAUCGUAAGAAGGGCUUCUCUGGAAAGAACCACCCCUACUUCCAUCUUUACCACCAGACGACAUUUGAUGCUGAAAUUCGGUUGGAUAACUUGUUUCUCGCAAGUGGCGAGAAGAAGAAGAAGAAUCUCUGUCAGUCUUCUGCCACUACCGUCAUCAAGGUGGUUGUAGUCUUUUUCGUCGUUGCAAAAAUAAUCUACAGCAUCCUAAUUACUUUCACCAUUGUAUCCUGCUUGUUCAUUUUUUGGAUUCAUGAAAAUUUUCAAUUUGAGAACGGGUUCGAGUCAUUCAAACUUUGGAAAAAGGAAGAACUUUACAAACUGCUGCAAAAGUUUGAGUUUCAGGAUAGACGAGAUUUGCUGGACCUCAUUAAUGUUAACAGUCAACAGACAUUAUCCUGUGAUAGGUACAUCGACUCAAUUGUCAGCAUCAUUUCCAACGCAUCCAACACACAUCGAGAAACUCUUCACAACAAAACCAACGAACUUGUCAGCAAAUUAACAGAGCCCAUAAACAAGAUGAAAAACAACUCCCGAGUUAACAUGAAAAAAGAAAAAUACGAUCUGACGAGGUUAACCAUGGGUAGAAAGCAAUUUCGAAACAGGAAAGUUGACAAUAAAUGGUUCCUAUUCUUAAAAAUACUUGCCGGACUGGCUAACGUUGAAAACAUGAAGCUGCCGAUGUUUCAGCUUGUGGAGGCACACUUCUGUCAAACGUGCUGUUCGAAUGCUUGCGAAAUCGUAAUGAGAAACUGGAGAAGCAGAUUUUUCAAAGCACACGAAUCGAUUUACACAAAGCUUCUUUUGCCCCUGACAAUAAAUGUGACGAAAUCAUCGAUUGGUCAUCAUUUAGGUUACCAUUCGCUGACCAAACAAUUCACAUCAAGUGACAGAAAAAUCAAAGAAAAAAUCAUAAUAAAUCACCAUAGAACUUUUUUCGCGUUCACAAAUAUCAUUGAUAAAAUUGAUCACGAUCGAGUACAGAAGAAUAUUCGGAAGCCGAAUGUGAAUUUUGCAUAUUAUAUCUUUAUGUUUCUAGAUAUUGUAACCGUGUUUUAUAGAUUGACAAAAUUGUAUCUGUCUAUAAAAAUAUACGGAGUAGACCCAAUAAAAAAGAAAACACCAAGCAAAUCUCCGCAUGACACACUAGCAUUCAAAUCCUUGUACACGUCAGCCGUCUACAGCGACUCGCCGAAGGAAAACCACAAACUACUGAGCGUCAAAAAUAAUGAUGUUAAUUGCAGGAACACGCUCUACCACAACACCUACACGGCUUUAGGCGAUCAUUCGACACCCCAAUCAACCCAACAUGCCAGCAAAUACUCUCGAAGCAACUCCAUAAGCUGUUUUCAUCAUUCCAUCAAUCCAUUAUAUCCAUCUUAUUUCAACGAAAACUUCAACUUUGAACUAGUUGAAAAAUGCACAUUCAACGAAGAUUUGCUCAUAAAAUUCAUCAUCAGCGCUUUUUUACUUCUUGUACUUGUGCAGUUAAAAAAUAUUUUCUUCAUGAUGACGUUUAAAUUUAUUAGUUUUACGUCAAUAAAUGACGUCACAGUUUCAAGCUUCGCCUUGACUUCAAGUGCUGCAAGUCUCAGUAACGUGUUUGAACUUCAGCAGGUGCAAGCUCUGGCCGACUUCCUAACAACCAGUAUUUAUUUCCUUCAUUAA